AUGUCUCGCGACAGCGCAUUAAUGGACGGAUCUCUGUUGUCCUUAGGAGACCAACUUUGCCAGCGCUUUGUCCACAGCAAAUUUGACGAUCGUAGUUUACCCUUCUUGCCGGAAGGAUCUAUUGAGAGCCUCGUCACCGAGAGCGCGAUUUCCACCGAGCUGUUCGACGAAGACGAUGUUCCCCAGACACCAGAAAAAGCACUAAUACGUUUCGUCAAAGAAAAAGCAAAGAAAGUCUUCGCAAUCACAGUUUGCAGCGGAAUUAGCGGAGCUGAGCUCCUGACGACUAUGAGGUUCUUCAAGAGUAUUAGUUUUACCGACAAUGACCUACCGAUCAAGAACCCCGAAACGCCUGGCCAAGGCUCCCUGUCAUGGACUUUUUACUUCCCAUUCGACCAAAUGCGAGAGAAACCCAUCUUCAAAAUUUGGAAUGGCUGGAAGAUCAGUGGAUUUUACACCCAACAAUGGAGGUUUCUAGCACCAGUGUUUUCUAAAACCAGGUUUCAGCACUACCUCUCUCCCGACUCUAUUUUCCCGUUCACUUGGGUCAACAACAUUGUCAAAGGGGGCAUGUUUAGCCAAGUGUACGAGGUCGAAAUCCAUCCACGACACCAAGAGCACCCAGAAAUGACAAUAGAUGGUCAUCCAGCCCACGUCGCCAUCAAAGAGAUUCUUGUCAACAAUGAUCUGCGCCAAGAGAUCGAGAAGAACUACGAAGAUGAACGGAAAGCGCUCUCCGAAAUCACUGAUCUUCGACACAACCAUAUCAUUCAACGGAUUGCGGCUAUCGAGCGCGGAGAAAAGCGAUAUUUCAUGUUUCAAUGGGCUGACGGCGGCAAUCUCAGAGAGUUUUGGAAAGAACAAAACCGGCCAACUCUCACAUCAGACCUGGUGAAGCAAGCGAUCACUCAGCUUUGGGGGCUCGCCGAUGCUCUGCAUGCCUUGCAUAACUACAAGGAUCAAGGCAAUUACCGACACGGGGAUUUGAAGCCGGAGAAUAUUCUCCGAUUUAAAGACAAGACUUGUGUUGGCAUCCUCAAAAUUGCAGACAUGGGUCUUGCGAAGCACCACAACGAUGCCACUGCAGUACGGAAGAAGGCCACCAGUGCAAAGUAUGGUACGGUCCGAUAUGAGCCGCCUGAAGUUGUCACCAACCGCCUCGACAAGGCGCGGUCCAGACUUUACGAUAUUUGGUCCAUGGGCUGUAUCAUGCUCGAGUGCAUGAUUUGGCUCAUGUAUGGCUGUAAGGCAUUGGAUAAUUUCGACGACAGUCUGAAUGAUGGAUACGAUUCCAGCUUCUUUAAAAUUAAGGAAGUCGACGGAGCGCCAGUGGCAGAAGUUCAUCCCACUGUCGUGAAAUGGAUGGACUUGAUGGCCGCCGACCGGCAGUGUGGUAAAGACUCGGCACUCGGCGAUCUACUCGACCUCGUCAGAAACCGAUUGCUCGUUGUUCCUUUGCGGAUCCAAGCGCCGACGAGAAUCCUCAACGGAACUGAGGGAAUACCAUCCAUUGAGGAAAACUUGAACAGACAUAUAUCCGUGACCAGCGCCAGCCAAAACACGCCCGAGAUCGGCCCCUACCGCGCUGAUGCCAGAGCUAUGCGAUCUGGAUUGGAAAGGAUUCUUCGAAAAGCAGAUUCCAACCAGAUCUAUCUCUGUAGAUCACAGGAUCGACAAAAUCUUCACGGCCCUGCAUUGAUCCCACAAAGAUCGCACUCCAAUAGCUUACUAUCGCCAGUGGCUGCUGAAACAACGUACAUGACGAAAGUCCGAGACAAAAUGCCGAACGACCUGUUCCUACCCCAAGCUCAGAAGCUCUGUCAACAUUGCGAGAGACUAGACAUCCUCGCAACUGGAUUUUAUCUGUCUGAUACAGUCUCAGAUCUGCAAAAAAGAGCGAGCGCAUGUGAUUUCUGCAAUUUACUUUCAGAAGUCUGCAAAACGUUGCGAAAGUCGGGCUCUUUCCAAUUGAACCGUGAAGGUUCUACUUUAAAAAUGGCUGGUAUCACCGAUCCCAUUUUGAGUAUUUUCCAUGAUCUAGGUACGCGGAAGCUCUCAUUUCUUGCUAACAUCGGACUUCAGCUUGGAUUCCCGAGACUUGCCCCGGGCGGCCAUGAGUUGCACUUCGAAGUUUUACGACAUUGGCUCCAGAGCUGCGAUCUGGGUGGGAGUCAUAGCAACUGCCUGCAAGCCCUUGAAGUCAAUCUUCCAACGAGGCUUCUUGACGUCUCUGGCUCGCAGAUUCGUCUGUGGGAAACGAACGGGGCUCGCGGAAAGUACCUGGCUUUGUCCCAUCCCUGGGGAGAACCCGCGAAACAUCGACAUUUCUGCACCUACACAAACAAUAUUGAGAAGCACAGGAACGGGAUCAACUUUGAAGACUUACCUGCUACUUUCAAAGACGCCGUUAUCACAACGAGAGAGCUUGGCUUUCAGCAUCUGUGGAUAGACUCGAUCUGCAUCAUACAGGGGCCCGACGGAGACUUCACGGAAGAAUCAAAACAUAUGGAGGAUGUGUUCAGCUUCGCAUACUGUGUCCUUGCAGCAAGUCGCGCCACCGGGCAAGAGGAUGGUUUUCUCGGACCUCGACCCGACAGAGACUACGUCACUUUCAAUCGAAGCAACAGUGGCAAAUAUCAUGUCUGUCGGCAGAUUGAUGACUUUGAAGGCGACGUGAUUGAGGGAAAACUCUGCCAACGAGGAUGGGUUCUGCAGGAGCGAGCACUGGCUCACCGGUCGAUUUACUUCACCGAAAGACAGACGUACUGGGAGUGCGGCCAAGGAGUACGCUGCGAGACAAUGACGAAGCUGGAUAACAACGUUGCCGCGUUCCUCGGUGAUCCACGAUUCCCUACAAUCGCCAUGAACUCGCCGAGAGGCGCCAAGAUCCAUCUCUACCAAGACUUGUACAAGCAGUACUCGCGUCUACAAUUCUCUAGAAAUGAAGACAGGCCGUUCGGUAUAGCUGGUCUUGAGAAGAGGCUCAUACAAAGCUUCAAGACCCACGGUGGCUAUGGUGUUUUCGACGAUGGUGGUGGAUUACUACGACGGAGCCUUCUUUGGCAGAGAGGAUCUGAUUCGAUCCUCUACAGGAUCAUCUUCCCAGCCGAAAGAGACCUCGAAGUUCCUACAUGGUCUUGGAUGGCAUACAAAGGAGGCAUAGACUAUCUGGAGCCUCCUUUCGAUGGCGUGGACUGGGAAAAAAGUGAGAUCCAGUCGCCAUGGGCUAACAAGUCACCGGAUGGGUUCUACCAUACUUCAGACAAGAGCCUGGGCAUCAGCCUCAGCGCUGUUGCUCGUGAGUUCUCUCAGCUCGACACCAAUCACUCGGCGAGCAAACUCAUCUUUGACAAUCCGGCCAAAAGUGAUGGCCAACUAGCAAACGUGAGAGUGAUUGUUGUGGGAAGGUCUAGAAGUAAGACACAAGAUUCUGAGCGGAGGUGUUAUGUUUUGGUCGUCACUCCAAAGGCUAUGAAACAUUCUGCUGGAAUGAUGGUAUAUGAACGUACGGGAGUGGGUUAUAUGCCUGACAGUUGCAUUUCGCAGAACGGAACUCCAGUCAAGAUACAGUAG